GGAGAGAGGAGCAUAAUCCAGGAUCGACCAACCGAUAAGGUUGCACCUAGGUCAAGAAUGAGAAAACACAGGGUGUGAGCCAAGGGGCGGAGGAGAGCUGAGGAGGGCGGAGAAAGCUGUUUGUAGAGAGCUGGCAGUAAAACUUAGGCUGCUUUAUUAGGCAGACUACUCUGUACCACCAUCCGUCUUCGGAGAUCUCUCAGGAGAUGCUCUCCAUCCCUCAAGGCAUGUGGAGCCUUCAGGUCUUCCUGAUGCUGGUCACUGUGAUCAGCUGUCUCCAGCCAGCAAAAGAUGAAUUUACCAAUCAGGCUAAGAUGAGGCCUUUACAGCGUGUUAAAAGAAGAUGGGUUAUUACUACCUUGAAACUCAUUGAAGAAGACCCAGGACCAUUUCCCAAGUUUGCUGGAGAGUUAUUCAAUAACAUGGACUACAAUGAAUCCUUAAUAUAUAUAAUCAGUGGGCCUGGUGUGGAUGAGCCUCCAGUUGGUCUGUUUUCUAUAGAAGAUAAUCAAAAUGGGAAAGUCUAUGUUCACUCUUCGAUUGACCGAGAGGAAAUACAAUCUUUUGUGGUACGCUUUGAUAUUAUUGAGAGUUCAACUCGGAAAGCUGUGGAUACAUCUUUAUUUUUCAUUGUCAAAGUUGGUGACAUCAAUGAUAAUGCACCACAGUUUGCUGAGGAAGAAUUUAACAUCACUAUCAAAGAGAGCCACCAUCUUGAUAAUCCUAUUUUUCAGGUAGAAGCAGUCGAUUUGGAUGAAAAGCAAACUCCCAAUUCUGAAGUCUCCUAUUCCCUUGUUUCACAAGUGCCAUUGAACAAAGGAAAUGGGUUUUACAUUGAUCAAAGUAGUGGAGAAAUUCUUCUCUCAGGAUGCUUAGAUUAUGAGGCUGUCCAAUUGUUCAAAUUACUGAUUAGAGCAAAUGACCAUGGAGAGCCACCAUUGUCAUCCACUGCUACUGUUAACAUAGUUGUUGAAGAGGGAAACAGCCACAUGCCUGUAUUUACUAAGGAAGAUUAUAAAAUACAGGUUUCUGAAGGUCAAAUACAACAGGAGGUGCUAAGACUCCUAGUGCAAGAUCAUGAUUCUCCAUUCACGCCUGCCUGGAAAGCAAAAUACAAAAUAUUACAUGGUAAUGAAGAAGAACACUUCAAUAUUGUAACAGAUCCUGGUACCAAUGAAGGAAUUUUAAAUAUCAUCAAGCCUUUGGAUUAUGAAAACCUGCCAGACAAAAAACUUGUUAUUGUAGUUGAAAAUGAAGAACCAUUCUCUUCAUGUGAAAAAGACCAAUUUGGCAAUGGAACCAGCACUGCAACUGUGAAUGUGGAGGUUAUUGAUACUAAUGACCCUCCUCAGUUCCAUCCUCCUAAUUUUAUCGUUCAAGAAGUUGAUGGAGCUGGUCCUGGGAUCCAGUUGGGAAGAUAUAAUGCUACAGACCCAGAUGGGAACAGCAAGAACAUAAGGUUUAGACUGGUUCAUGAUCCUGCCAGUUGGGUCACUGUGGAUGAACUCUCUGGGGUGGUUACCACAGUGAAACAUGUGGAUCGGGAAUCCCCAUAUGUGAAUAACAGCUUUUACACAAUUAUCGUCUAUGCCAUCGAUGAUGGUGUCCCGCCUCAGACAAGUACAGGAACUAUGAUGCUUUUUCUUUCUGACGAGAAUGACAACACACCUAUUCUUGUUAAACCUUUCAUGGAAGUUUGUAAGAUAGAGCAGAAUGCAUCUCUUCUUGUGGAAGCUGAGGAUAAAGAUUUAGAUCCAUUCUCUGGUCCUUUUACAUUUAAGUUAGAUGAUUCUUCCGGAAAUAUAAAAGAUACUUGGAAGCUAGGGAACAAUUUUGGUUAUUCUGUGGAACUUCUAAUGGUAAGAAGUCUCCCAAAUGGUAAUUAUUCAGUGCCCUUCAUUAUCUUAGAUAAACAAGGAUUUUUCAAGAAACAGAUGCUAUAUGUGAGGCUGUGUUCCUGUCUCAAUGGAAUUACCUGCAUAGAAUCUUCAAUGGCCUUUGUAGGACUUGGUGGAGCUGCCAUUAUCCUGAUAUGUGUAGCUUUCAUGUUAUUGGCAGUAGCCCUACUUUUCUUGAUGCAGUUUUCUUUUGGAUCUGCAAACAAGAGGCAACCAAUAACCUUUCCUUAUGAACGGGGCAGUCAGUCCUUGAUCAGAUAUAAUGAUGAAAGUGAAAAUACUUCAGCACUGUACUAUCCAAACGACACAAGGAAUCUACAUACUAAAUGCCAACUGAAAAGGAUGGAAGCAAAAAUGUCAGAGAGAUUAACUGAAUACUAUCCAAAUGACAUAAGGAGCCUGUGUACUAAAAGCCAACUGGAAAGGAUGGAAAGAAAAAUAGCAGAGACAUUAACUCAAAAGCUGCAUGAUAUUGACAACUUGGAAUAUGACACUACUUACCAACCUCACAUUUACAUGGAUGAGGGAGAAUUUGAAGCUACUAAAUCCCUCAGUUCACUUGCUUUGACAGAAAGUGACUUGCCUGAAAAUUUUCUGGAUGAUUUGGGAUCAAAAGUAAUUGCCCUUGAAAAAAUAUAUUCCGAGUCAGUCUUUCUGAAAUAAUGCAUAUAUUGGAAAAUUGGUAGUCAUACCUGAAGAGACCUUACUUUAUUAAGGACAAUUUUAUUUCUUUAUUCAUUUUUUCUAAGACUUGUGUGAAAGUUAGUUAAUGAUGUGGAAAAUGCUGUGGGAUUAUUGGAACAGGAAUAAUGGGCAAAAGAGAAGGAAAAAAAUGUUGUAUUUUUAUAUAGGAUCAUUAGAACUUAUUUCUACAGGUAUGAACGUUACUGAUUUGUAUAUAACUGUUUAUUCCAUUUUGUUAGUUUUAUAACUGUAAAUAUAAUUAGACAGAUCAAUAGAUUCCUAUGAAGUUUUGAAUAGGAUUGGUUAAAAUAAAGGAAAUAAGAUAUUC